AUGACCUGUGGGAAUAUUUCCUUACAGGCCAGGCUCUGCAGAAUUAAGACUGAAGUCUGCAUACCACCAUCUUUUGGGAGAUGUCUACAAAACAAGCUCUGGACAAGGUCAUGGGAAAAGGAAGAUGCUCGCCCACCCUGUUUGCAGUCACAAAACUGGCGAGCUGGUGCUCUUAAUUAUCUUGGGAGACAGCGAAAGCCAUCUGUCUGUCUUUGCCAUUCGGCCAAUGCUGCUGUGGUCCGACAAAAGGCUGUGGAUGAGAAAACAGAAGAGUUCAAACUGGUCUAUAGGUUUCCGGGGAUUAAGUACUGCAGGGUACUGUCCAGACUGAAGCUGUUACAGACAGCCACCACCGUGGUGGUGCUGCCUCCCAUCUGCCACCUCUAUCUGCAAGACCAGGUUUCUCAGCAUCUCCUCUUGUAUACAACUGGCAUUGCGCUUUUCGCUGGUGCAAUGUUGUAUGGUAUGAGCUACUUUUUCAGACGAAUUAUUGGAUUAAUCUACUUAAAUGAAACUGGCCGUACUGUCAAAGUGGCCCACUUGACGUUCUGGGGAAGACGGAACGACAUUUACUGUCCCAUAGAGACAGUGAUGACACUGGAUGAAGUUGGAGAUAGCAAGGGGGAGCUACUUCUCCAGUUCAAACGGUAUAAUAGUACAGAUAUUUUAUAUUUUACGAUUAAGUUUGGCCAGAUUGUAGACAGGCAGAGGUUUACUCAAAUAUUUGGAGAACUCCAGUGA